AUUGUAAGUCAGCUGUUUCAAUAUCAAAUCAUAAGCCACCGCAAAUAUAAACAAAUUCGAAUUAAAUUAUGGAAAAUUAUAAAAAUUGUUGUCGCGUAUGCUUACAAACAGAAGUAAUUUUAAACUGGAAUGAGGAACUCAUUUACUCAAGUGGAAUGUCGUAUAGAAGCUGUUACUUUAAAUAUUCCCAACUGCCAGAAAUAGAUUCGGAUCCGUUUCCACAAUUUCUAUGCGGGUGUUGCUCCAGAGAUUUAAAAAACAUUCAUUUGUUUCUACAAAAAGCACAUAUGACACAGACAUUUCUGGAGCAGAGGUAUAACGAGGUACGCCACAAUCUUGAACGGUCAGAGGAAUCAAAAAUUGACUUAGAACAUGCAACUGAAUGUAUUAACAUGCCUGAGAUUUCCUCAGAUUAUCAUUUUGCCAAUAUGAAUGAAUCAGAAGUUAAACCGCAAAUCGAAGUAAUAAAAGAGGAAGGCCAUAGCAGAAUAAAAAAGAAAAGGGGCAAAAUAAAGGAUGACUUGAUUAAAUCCAGGGAGAAUAAUUACCCAAAGGAAAUUUCUUCUUUGAGUAUGAAACAAUCCCAAGAUAUGCAAACUACCGAAAUUGGAGAACAAUCUCGAGACUUGGCAUUGGAAGAAAGCUUUAUUGCAGACAAGCCCAAAAACACCAAAGGCAGAACGAAAGCGAAUACUGCUGUUAUGUGUUCCUACUGCUCAAAACUAAUACAUAAUGCUUAUUAUCUAAAAAGACACGAACAGACGCAUCUGGAAGAUCGCGAGAGGGAUGUAACAUGCUCGCAAUGUGGCCUGAAAACGUUUAACAAAAAAGCCUUGUACAUUCACAUGAAAAUUCAUGACAAAAAUCGAGAAAAGAAAUUCAAAUGUGAAUUUUGCGAUAAAUCAUUUUUUCAGCGUGGAGCCUGUAACGUCCAUAGGAGGAUACAUUUGGGGCAAAUGGUCAAAUGCCCUGUAUGCCCCAAAGAAUUUUAUAGGCAAGUCGAUUUGGACAGACAUAUGCAAACUCACUCCCAAACACCACUGCAUACAGCCGUCAAGCCUCAGACAAAGUAUGUGGUACAUUGUAAAGAAUGUAAUAAGGAAAUUAACAGUGCUAAAUUUAGUGCUCACCGGGCAGCUCAUAUGAAUGAACCUUGUAUGCAGUGCACAGUAUGUGAAAAAGAUUUCUUCAGUAGAAUGUCCUGCACCCGCCAUAUGCGCCGAGUACACAAGAGGGGAAAAGACAAUUAUGACGAUAUUAUUAAAUACUACGAGAAGUACCGACCGCGCUUGUCCCAUGUUUUAAUGGAACAGCAGGAAGAAGUUGCAACCAAAAAUGAACAAAAAGAAGAUCUUUCAGUUUGACGGAAUAAUUCUCGUUGGUAAUUUGGUUUAUUUUGCAUGGGCGUCAGCAAAAACAAAGUUUAUGUAAUUUUAUUCGAAGUAAAUAUUACAAUCGUCAAUGUAAGAAAAUAAAUUAAGCCCGCCUUUAUAUCUUUAAUUUUUUUACAAUCCUUAAA